CUUACCUGUCUCCUACGCUACGCUCUCAACUGGAUCAAUCGCUUUGUCCUGAUUUAUUGAACAGGUGCCCUGUGGAACAUGUUUUAUGGAAUUUCACUCUUUAUUCCAUAUUUCUUUUCUUACUGAUUGAAUUCAGGUAGAGAGAGGAAUAUUCGAUACAAACCCUUAGUCCGAUAGGGGGAUAGUAUACAUUCAAUCCGGAUAAGACACUGAGAACACGAUCGGUGCUGACCACACAAGGUGCACAGCAAUGAACCGCGGCGAACCCUCAGACGACCUAUCUAAGAUUAGGGGGGGAUCCUCAGUAGUGGUGACCCUUUCACUCUUCCACGGACUGAUACAUGUACCGAAUGCUCAUACGGGAAAGUUGACUCCUGAGUCUGGAACGCCAGCUAGGGUAGUGGCGAAGCACUACUGAGCAAUUCACGUAUCACUUGAUACGGACGACUUCUGUUUUUCCGCCGGACCACAGUCUUGACCUCCGAUCGAGCUACGAACACGAGUAGAUAGGCGGUUAGGGGGGGAGAGGGUCGGCUGGGCCUGCCUUUUCAAUCAAUCUCCGGCCGCUCAGUGCCGCUAUUGGUGCGAGUUGUAAGGAGUCUUGAUCUCGAGUCAAGCUGGGGCUAUCUCAAAAUCCACUAUUAACUUGGAGAAAGAGGGAUCACUUUAAUUUCAUUCUCUGACGGCCAAACCAGCUAUAAAAAUUCACACGUAUAUCCCUGUCACGAAGCAUAUUUUCAUAUCCCAAGAAUCCAAAAUUGAAUAUGGGGACAGAGAGUUUGCAAUUGAAUAUUUUAUAGUAUUACUUUCUUCAAUAAUGUUAGAAUAAGCAUCAUGCACUAUAAGACACAGCAAAUGGCAAGAGAAUAAAACACGAUACAUAUAGUAGUAAUAUUUUUCUGAAGACGGCAUGACAUUAUACAAUAUGCCUUCAACAUUUUGUUAUAUCAUAUGUCUUAUUAGACUAUAACUACUCCUUUUCUUCUCUCUCUACCCUUUAAUCCUCUCAUAAUAAUAAUGAUUAGCAUGACAGCAAAAACCAUAAUCCUUAUUCUGCAGAUAAUUACUCUUAGUUUUCUUUUCUUCAUUUUCAAUGGUGAAGCCAUGUCAUGUGGAAAUGGUUGUGACAUGGCUAUAGCUUCGUACCAUAUUUGGCCAGGAACCAACUUAACUUACAUUAGUCACAUAUUCAACGUAACAGUUCCAGAUAUUCUUAAAUACAAUCCUGAAAUUACAAACCAAGAUAGUAUAAUCAGUGAUACGAGGAUCAAUGUUCCAUUUUCAUGUGAUUGCUUAAAUGGUGAUUUUUUAGGACACACUUUUGUGUACAAAACUGUGUUUGGUGACACGUACAAAAGAGUUGCUACUAUGGCCUUUGCAAACCUUACAACGGAGUACUGGCUCAAACGGGUCAACAAUUACGACCCGACUAAUAUACCGGAUUAUGCCAUGAUAAAUGUGACAGUGAAUUGCUCGUGUGGCGAUGGACACGUGUCAGAUGAUUAUGGGUUGUUUGCCACGUACCCUCUUCUCCGAGGAGAGAACUUGUCGACGGUGGCUGUGGCGUUGGGUGUGCCGGUUGAGUUGCUGGAGAAGUUCAAUCCGGGUUUGGAUUUUGGUUCAGGGUCAGGAAUAGUGUUUGUGCCCGCAAGAGAUGCACAGGGAAAUUUUCCACCGUUGAAUACAAGGUCAAGAGGACUCUCACGUGGAGCAAUUGCUGGGAUAACAGUGGCAGCCAUCGUUGGGGCUACCUUUUUUGCUGUUUGCCUUAAUUUCGUAAUUUAUAGGAGCAAGAAAAUUGAGGAGGAAUCAUUUCUCCAAGGUUCAUCUGAUGAACAUUUCAAUGAGAACUUCCGUCCUACAAAUUUGGAGAAAAUUACAGAAACCGGUCCUUUAUUUGGCGUUGUUUCUCCAAGGCCUACAGGGAUUACAGUGGAUAAAUCAGUGGAAUUUUCAUAUGAGGAACUCGCUAAGGCUACAAAUAACUUCAGCAUGGAAAAUAAGAUUGGUCAAGGUGGCUUUGGAGCAGUCUUUUAUGGAGUGGUAAAAGGCGAGAGAACGGCAAUUAAGAAAAUGGAUAUGCAAGCAUCGAAAGAAUUCCUUGCCGAGUUGAAAGUCUUAACACAUCUUCAUCACUUGAACUUGGUACGCUUAAUUGGAUAUUGUGUUGAAGGGUCUCUAUUCUUAGUUUAUGAAUAUAUUGAAAAUGGAAAUCUUGGUGAACACUUGCGUGGAUCAGGUUGGAAUCCAUUGUCGUGGUCUGCUAGGGUUCAAAUCGCUCUUGAUGCAGCUAGAGGACUCGAAUACAUCCAUGAGCACACUGUUCCUUUAUACAUCCACCGUGAUAUUAAAUCUGCUAAUAUUUUGAUUGACAAAGACUUUCGCGCAAAGGUAGCCGACUUUGGACUUACCAAGCUAACUGAAGUUGGAAGCACCUCUUUCCAUACACGCCUUGUGGGUACUUUUGGUUACAUGCCUCCAGAGUAUGCUCAGUAUGGUGACGUUUCCCCUAAAGUUGAUGUGUACGCUUUUGGAGUAGUGCUUUACGAGUUAAUAUCUGCUAAAGAAGCUAUUGUUAAAACAAGUGAAGUUAUAACUGAAUCGAAAGGGCUUGUUGCCUUGUUUGAGGAUGUUCUUCACCAGAGUGGUGCUAGAGAAGGUUUACGCACAGUGGUUGAUCCUAAACUGGGAGAUGACUAUUCACUAGAUUCAGUCUGCAAGGUAGCUCAGCUUGCCAAGGCUUGCACGCAUGAAAAUCCUCAGUUGAGACCUAGCAUGAGGUCUAUUGUUGUAGCUUUAAUGACACUAUCAUCCUCAAGUACUGAGGAUUGGGAUAUUGGCUCCUUCUAUGAAAAUCAAGGCCUUGUCCAUUUUAUGUCAGGAAGAUAGCAAUAGUUGCUGGUGUUUUAUUCAAUCAUUUUCAAGGCCUAAGAACCUCAUGUCCCUGGAAGUAUUAUCUAUUUAUAUGUGUACUCACAUUAGUAUUUUUACCACCUUUUGUUUUUUAAUUGACAAACAUCUUUACUUUCUGCAUCUCUUUUCUUUGUUUUGUAAAGGUUGUUUUUUUCUAGCAAGGAGGUUUGGAAAUUAAAACUUGAUUACAUUUGUAC